AGAUGCUACCAGUAUACGAGAAGGAACUCGAAUGAAACGUAUCAAAAGAAGAUGUUGAGAAAAGAAAAUGUCGGCAAUUAAAUGGUGUUUUGCAUUUCCCCUUCAACCAGACCGACGUUCCCGAUAACGAGUCAAACUUUCCAAUAGCUCAUCUGUACGGUUGGCGUUACUGCAUUUCUCCCACAACUCCCCUCGCAUUCUGCUCGGGAAGUUUCAGCUUUCAUUAAAGCCAAAAAUGAGGUGGGCCUGGCUGUCCGCUUGCCUCCUGUUGAGUGUGCUGUGGCUGGUGGAGGGGGUGGAGGUCGAACUGGAGACUGAGCGCGACUGGGACUGGGGCUCCGGACUCCAUGAGCUACUUCACAGCUUCCCGGCAGACAGCCCGUUCGUGACAGAAACACCGGGGAGCCCCGCCAACUGUUCUCAGAGGUUCUGGCUGCCCCCGUCCUCCCCCAUUUGCUGGGAGAACAUUGCCGGGCCAGAGGAAUUUGAACGAUCCCGUCUCUUGGUCCUCCAGAACCGCGCUGCCCUCAGGGCUGUGGCCCACACCAGUGGUGUGGGGGAGGGGGGCACCUCCUACAACCAGCUGGCCAGGGAGGACAUGCUGGGCAUUCGUGGGGACUACCACGGCAUUGUCCAGACUGCUGAGACCAUGGAGAAGGUCUUUCACGCACUGGUGGAGAAGAGGAGAGAGGGCACAGAGCUUUGGACUUUUUCAAGCUUAAAGGAGCGACUUGAGAAAACGAAGGACUCCAUCUACGGCAGAGAGCACCUGGCGAACCUUCUGGAGAAACAGUUGUCUAGCCUGGAGGGGUCGUUACACAUCCUGCAGACACGACUGGCUAAGUUACUCACCCAGUGAGCGCAGCCAAGCCAGAGGCACAACUGCUAUUAGAGGUUAUCCUAUACUCUGUAUGUUAUGCAUGGCCACCAAACUGAUAAUGAAACCCUUUCAUCAAAAGGAACAGGAGUAUUUUUUCAGAAAUUGUGCUUACUCUAUAAAACUACCUUCUUGUGAAUCUCAGGGCUCUGGCUUCCUAACACUUGCAACUGCAAGUCAGCCUCUUGCAGCACACAGAGACUUAAGUUUUUAUAAUAAAAUCUAUUUUUGUAAGUCUAGAAUGCAGAUGUGUUCCAUAAAGAUUUAACAGAUCUUUGUGGUCUCACAUUAAAGAACAUUGACUACAAUGCAUUAGUUUACAUCAUGCUUUUCGAAGAAAUAAUGAAACGUGGUAAUUCAGAUCAACAUACCAUCAUCUGAGAAAGAAAACGGUAUUUUUUCUCUUGAAAAAUAGAUUUUAAAUCUCAAUGGGGCAUUCCUGGUUAAAUAAAGGUUAAUAAAUAAUGAUACCAUGAAACCCAUGAAAAGUGCUGGAUAUGAAAAUCUUUUAUGAAUCAGGCCAUGUCAUUGGCCAGGGCUCAGUCAGUCAUAGUGUUUAGGACCCAGCUUGCGCUUUGGGUAAAGCCAUUAUGUAGCAGGCUUGAACCUGCAGAGGGUCAUUAUUUGGUGGUCUUGUCGGGGGUUGUUUAGGAUUAAAUUGGCCUGGGUUUCUCAGAUUACUGGAGCAUUAGCUCCUCCUGAAAAUACACUUGGUCCCACCCAGGUUACCGGUGUUCCUCAAUGAGAAGUGUGCAUAUUCUCUCAUAAAAGGCAUCUCUGACCUAAACCUAUUCAAAGGCUUCUUUUCAACUAUGCCUUUUAUCUCAAUGGAAAUGACAUGCUUGAAAUAAGAAACAAAAAAAACGAGCCAUUCACCACAAGCCAAUUUAUUUUAGUACAAAACAAAAUUUUUACAAAAAAAAAAAAAAGAUAAUUGGGGCAAGACUGCUCAUAUAUCUAGUAAAAAAAUAUUUACAGCCUUAUACACUUCUUUCACCAGACAGAGACAAACAUGCAAACAUGAGUUUAACAUGAGUUUAACUGUUGCACAUGCACAGAACUACAUUGCUGGUGCAAAUAAUUGUGAAUGUCAAGCCAUCUAACAGGAAUAAAAUUCUGACUGACUGGAAAGUCUAACUGUGAGUCAUACUCCCUGUCGGUGAAUGUCUCAGUAGUUAACAUUGAAAAACAAACUAAUUUCAAACACAGGUGGGAGGGGGCUCAAAGCUGUAGAACCAUGAGCAGUUCUGAACGGUCCCUCCUGUUGGACUUAUUUCAUGGAACAUAAAAACUAUCCUCCAGACAAAUAUUAAACGGUUAUUUGAACCUUGAAA